AUGUCUGAAAACGGGGAAGCAACUGCAAAGUCGGUCCACAACUUUCUUAGAGGAAAACAGGAAGGAGGGGAUCCAAGUGGUCAAAAUCAACGUUUUAGGAGCAGGUUGUGGGGAAUGAAAAUCCUCCCGAAAUGGAUGGUUUUGGUGUGGAAGAUAAUCAACAAAGCACUGGCUUUAAAUGUCAAUCCUAAUAAGGCUCUACUGUAUGCUAGUAUGGAGUCGGAUCACAGAGUAUCAACUCAAAGUUCAGUUCAGAUGAACCGUGAAUUAAAAGGCAUGAUUGUUGGUGCUGUGGCAGCCAUUAUUGGUUAUGUUCUUGCUAUUCUUGAAGUUUAUAAGUCUAGAAAUGGAGGGCCUAGAAUAAUAAGUUGGGAGGGGACUACUGUGGAAAUGUCGUCAAAUGAGUGUGAAGGAGCAAUUAUAUUUUUACACUUGUUGGGACAUAAUGUAAGGUUUCGAGCAAUUGGAGGGAGGUUUUUUAGGUCAACUUGGACCAUACAUCAGUAUUUUCAAGUUGUGCUUCAAGCUAUCCUUCGAUUGUACACAGAAUUUGUAAAACCACCAACAACUACACUUCAACCAGAAAUCCAAAACAACCCUAGGUUCUUUCUAUGGUUUGAGGAUUUCAUAGGAGCUAUAGAUGGGACACAUGUACGUGCAUCUGUUCCUAUUGAGAUGCAAGAUAGAUUUCGCGGUAGGAAGGGUGGGACGACACAAAAUGUAUUAGCUGUUGUUGAUUUUGACCUUAAGUUUACUUAUGUUCUUACUGGUUGGGAGGGUUCGGCGCAUGAUUCGAAGGUCUUAGGUGAUGCACUAAGAAGGGGGUUCAAGGUACCACAAGGAAAGUAUUAUCUGGAUGACGGAGGGUACGGUGAUCGUAAAGGUUUUAUGCCUCCAUUUAGGAAAGUUCGUUAUCAUUUGAAAGAGUAUACUAACAACCCUCCUGAAAAUGAAAAAGAGUUGUUCAAUCUUCGCCAUUCUUCACUUAGAAUGUGUGUAGAGAGGGCAUUUAGUGUAUUGAAGAAGAGGUUUCGUGUCUUGGAUGCCGAGCCAUUUUGGCCAUUGAAAACACAAGUUGAUGUGGUUCUAGCUUGUUGUGUGAUACACAACUACCUUAGAGGCGUAGAUCCAAAUGACCCAAUUGCAAGAGAAGCUGACAUGGAGAUGAAUUCACAAGAUGCAAGAGCACCACUUACUCGAAGGGAAGUGAGAGAAGAAACAAAAGAGUGUGUGAAAAAGAGAAACGCCAUAUCAUUGGCGAUGUGGACUGCAUAUAAGAAGCCUCGGACAUUACAUGUUCUUGUGUUGUAUGAAAAUGAUGAAGCUGUGAAAAAAGAAGAAAAGAAAGCGAAUUUUCGUUGGUCAAAACCAAUGUCGAAGGUAUUGCUGGAAUUUCUUGCUGAAGAAGUGAGAAAAGGAAACAGGCCAAAUAAUUCAUUCAGAACUAGUUCUUUCGUAGCAGCUGCAAAGAAUAUUUCGGACCUAUUUCACACUACUUGUACCGCUGAUCAUGUUGAGAACCAUAUGAGGACAGUGAGAGCUGCAUGGGGAAUAAUCUCAAAACUUCGUGGGACCUCUGGCUUUGGAUGGGAUGACAGCGUGAAGAUGGUCACAGUAUAUCUCCUAUUGCUUUUAAUACUUAUGUUCAGGUAA